UUAAUGAAUCAAGUCAUUUUAAGACGUCAUUUCGGACGUCAGUCUCCAUCCCUCUCUCUCUCCCCCCAAAAAAAGCCGCACGCCCUCCCAAAACCCAAAACACGAAAACCGCAUCGUGCCGGUUUCCCCUCACCAUAAUCUCCCCUUGAAACACCGCUCUCUCUCCCUUGGCAUUACCGCCACCUGUCUGUUUCUCAUCUCUCACUACACACUCUCUCUGUCUUGUUCCUUUCUCAUUUUCAAAAUCCCUAAAAAUCCGCAAACCUCUCCAAUGGCGCAAAUUAACCGUCCCUCAAAACCCUAGAACGCCUCCUUUUACAGUUUUAUUUUAUUCGUUUAUUAUUUCUUUAAUUGUAAAGAAUCAGUGAAGUGGAAUGGAUGGAGUGAAUAGCAGUACCACCAUCCAAAACGAUGCAUCGACGACCGGCGGCGGAGCUCAAACGGCGGCACAACCUCAACCAACGCCGAACCCGGUGGCGAUGCAGAGUGCUAACGCGCCACCGCCAUUCCUGAGCAAGACCUACGAUAUGGUGGAUGAUCCCGCCACCGAUGCCAUCGUUUCUUGGAGCCCAACCAACAAUAGCUUCGUUGUUUGGAACCCGCCGGAGUUCGCACGGGAUCUUUUGCCCAAGUAUUUCAAGCACAACAACUUCUCGAGCUUCGUCAGGCAACUAAACACCUAUGGUUUCCGAAAGAUUGAUCCAGACCGCUGGGAAUUUGCAAAUGAAGGAUUUUUAAGAGGUCAGAAACACCUGCUUCGAAACAUUAGCCGGCGAAAGCCUGCCCAUGGCCAUGUUCAUCAGCAGACACAGCAAUCACAUGGACAGAAUUUAUCUGUGGGUGCCUGUGUUGAGGUUGGGAAAUUUGGGCUUGAGGAAGAGGUUGAGAGGCUUAAGAGAGACAAGAAUGUGCUUAUGCAGGAACUUGUUAGGUUAAGGCUGCAGCAACAGGCUACUGAUAACCAGCUGCAAACCAUGGUGCAACGUCUUCAGGGGAUGGAGCAGCGGCAGCAGCAGAUGAUGUCAUUCUUGGCGAAGGCUGUGCAGAGCCCUGGCUUUUUGGCUCAAUUUGUGCAGCAGCAAAAUGAGAGCAAUAGGCGCAUAAGUGAAGCCAACAAGAAAAGGAGGCUAAAGCAGGAUGAUAGCAUUGAUAAUGAGCAUUCCGCUACCUCUGAUGGACAGAUUGUUAAAUAUCAGCCUUUGAUGAAUGAGGCAAAAGCAAUGCUUAGGCAAAUCAUGAAAGGGGAUGCUUCUCCCAAGCUGGAGUCCUUUAAUAACAGUCCUGAAAAUUUCCUGAUUGGUGAUGAUUUGUCAUCAUCUAGUGGAUUGGAUGUUGGGAACUCUUCAAGCUGUGUAUCAGGGGUGACUCUUCAAGAGGUCCCGCCAACUUCAGGGCAGUCAACAUUUGUACCAGCAACUUCAGGGAUCUCAGGGCAUUGUCCCUCAGCUGCUAUAUCUGAAAUACAAUCUUCACCACGUACGACAUCCUCUGAAAAGAUCACAACACCACAAUUUCCAGAUUUGAGUGCACUUGUUGGGGAACAAAAGCCACAAUCUGUGUCCAUUCCUCAGAUAGAUAUAAUUUUGCCUGAGCUUUCUCAAAUACCGGAAAUGGUCCCAGAAAGCAUUGUUGAUAUUCCUACAGAAAAUUAUGUGGGGUCUGAAACUGGGAAUGGUGGAUUUAUUGAUCCCACUACAUUGGUUGUAAAUGGUUCAGUUCCCAUUGAACUUGAUGACAUUGCUCCUGAUCCUGACAUAGAUGCCUUACUGGAUGGCUCUACUUUCUGGGAUGAUCUUCUUGUGCAAAGUCCAGUGCCUGAGGAUAUUGAAUCAACCUCAAAGGAUGGUAGAAGCGAGGGAAAUGAAGGGCAGGCUAUGGGCAAUGGAUGGGACAAAUCUCAGCAUAUGGAUAAGCUUACAGAACAAAUGGGUCUUCUUAGAUCAGAUAACGAGAGGUUGUAAUCUUUUGUACCAAAAUGUACAUUGUUUUGAGGCUACUUGACAUGAGAAAACCUUUGUAACAAGUUUGAUGCCUUCCAACUUGAUAUCCCUGAUGAAACAAUUAUAUGAAGGCCUCCAACUCUGAGAAAUUUACUUUGAUAUGUGGAAGUGCUGUGAAGAAUUUGUAAUCCAAUAUGUGUAUUUGUGUGUGUGUGGUUAUUGAAUAUUGGUUUCAACUAAUUGAGAUUGUCAUAUCUUGCUCUUACCUUCUAGGUUUAGGCAUCAGUAGGACCGGAGUAUGGUAAACCAACAUCUACUGGCUGAUACUAUUAAAGAUAAAGUGAAACUGGAGGUUUAAGGUUGGUGAGAUUGGGAUGAUUGCAUCCUUGGAUGGGGAGAAUGACAUGUGAUGCUACGCAUACCAGAGGGCUGAUGGUUGUUUGCCAAGUUAUGAGGCAUUUUGCUCAAAUGACUCAAAUCAAAAUUGAAGCAAUAAUGAAUCGACAAUCAUGAUAGUAGAAGUUAAAAGAAGUAUGAAGAAAUUAUUUUGCCUCUACUAUGAAAAGAACGAGUGAAUGACGUUGCCAUCACCAUUCUUUUCAGUGCGGCUAUCAGGCUGUGAAUUGUUAUCUAAUGAACGAUAUUAGUGUGGACCAAAACUCAAUCUGAAAUUAGCUGCAAAGUUGAUUGUUGUGUCG